UGGGCCACUCUUCCUUUUCUUUUUCCCUAACCCUAAUCACACAAAAACACUCUCUCUCAACCCUCAGUCCUCACUAGCCGUCACCCUCCCCAAACCCCCUUCCUCACUCACAACACACACACAAAUCACAUGAAUAAAGAAGAGAAGAAUGGAGGGAGAGCUGCGCUGCGAGGGAGAAGAGAGGACCGCCGCUGCGUGUCCUGCCACUGCCCUCCCCACUGAGCCGCCGAACCCGCCACACUUUGCUGCCAGUUGCCGCCGUCAUCAACAACGAUGGAGGAGAGAGAAAGAGGCGAACGCGAGGAGAGAGGGAAGCCUUUGUGUUGUUGUUGUCGUGUUGGAGGGCUGGCUGUCGGAGGAGCUGCUGCGACGAGCUCACCGCCGCCGUCUGGGUCGCUGCCGGAGGAAGAGAGCUUGCACAAGGGGUUGCUGGAGUGGCUCGCCGCUGCCGGAAGCGCCACUGCACCUCUGGCCGCCGGGAAGUCACAUUGAGGUCGCCGUUCUUCUGCCGCUGCCGCUGCCGAGGUUUCUGGUCAAUGGGUAUGGCGCUGUUGUUGCCGGAACCAACACCGGUGCUGCUGCUACUAGUUUCCCUAAAGUUCGAGUCGUUGAGGUUGCUGAGAAAGUGAUUUGGAGCUGAGGUUGUGGCUGCUGUAGUUUCGGGUUGAGAGGGAAGGUUCCGUCGACGCGUUUGGAUUAUAGUUUCAACAAUCGAGAACUAUAGCCAGCUCUAUCUUGUCGCUACUCUGGUUCAAAUUCUACGCUCAUUCUUUCCAUUCCACUUCAAUCCUUCUUACCUUGAAUUUGGCACUCUGGGUUUGGUAUCUCCGGUCCCUUGGGACUACGUGGAACAAAUAUUUGACUGUGUGAGACUUUCUAUUCAAGAGUAAUGGUCUGCAAUGAGUACCUAUUCUUUGUCGAAUUCCUAGAAGUAUAUGCUCCAUAUGUCACAGGUAGGACCAACCAUUCUUAGUUAUUUUAAUUUUUUUUGUUAAAAAUAUAUAAUUAUUUAUUUUAGAACUUGUAAAAUA